CGUGGCGUGACAUCUGUGAUUGCUCAGCCCAGGGGCAGGAGAUGACAGCUCACCUGUUGCGACAAUGAUGGAAGUUCUCCGGGCUCUGGCAAAUUGUCCUCCAGCGAAGCAUGCUGCUGUGUUUUUGUUCAACACGGGAGAGGAGUCCGGGUUAUUGGGAGCCCACUCGUUCAUCACACAGCAUCCUUGGCGAUUCUCUGUGCGUGCUGCAAUUGAUCUUGAGGCAAUGGGUGUGGGGGGAAGAUCCAUCCUCUUCCAGGCUGGACCAGAUGGAUGGCUCUUGAGAAAGUUUGCUGAAGUGGCACCGUAUCCAGAUGGACAGAUUGUUCCUCAGCAUGACAGCCUGAAGCUUUACCGGGAGGGGUCGCUACAACACUCAGGCGAUAAUCUUGUGGCACUUCUGCGAUCAGUGACAUUAUCUGAUGAAUUUGAACAGCAGAGAAAUGUGUCAUGGAAAACAGACACAAAGGAGGAGACACCGGUUUACGUUUCCGUGGGGAGUACCAUGUUCGUCCUCAGCAUGGCAUCUGCGCACAGGCUGUACCAGUCAGGGAUCAUUGCAUCCCUUUUCCUUCUGUUCGUUGCGCCGCUUUUCCAGCAUGCACUGUCCGGAAAAAGCGAUGCGGCCCAUCCUGAUGCCAGCCAGUUUGCCACAUGGAAACUUGGCCUGCACAUGUUUACGGCUUUGGCACUGUCCUUGUCGACAGUGAUGUUUACGGUGGUAGGGGCAGUGAGCUCGGCAGCAGCGGCUGCAUUUCUGGUUUCCCAUCCAGGCUUUUCCUACCACUCGAUGCCCUACGUGGCUCAUCCAUGGCUGGUGAUCGGGUUAUUUGCGGCCCCCGCACUUGCAGGGGGCUUGAUUGCACACAAAGCAGGACAGGUUGUUGUGUUUAAAUACCUAAAGUGGAUUGGACUUUGCCAACGCGGACCAGCGAUCAUGUCCGAGGUGGAAAGGUUGUUGUAUAAGGGAGGGGUGCUGUUGUGGAUGGUCAUCCUCGUUGUGGCAGACAGGAACAGUCUGGGGUCGGCAAUCCUUGCGUUUGUGCUGAUGAUGGCUCCGAUGCUAACAUAUCUGCUGCUAGAAGGUGAUGGUCAGAGCUGGACAACAAACGGACCAAGGACAGGGCUGAGAUGGUGUACUACAGUUCUUGCGCUGGCUGUCCCACUCCUGGCAACAUCAAUGGCUGCUAUUCGUCUACCAGCAUUUCUGGUUGGGACCUUCACAUCAAUGGACAGAAACCCUGGCGGCGCACCUCUUUUCAUGCCAAGCCUCUUUAUUUCGAUCCUGGUCGCACUUCUGGUUUCGACCUUUCUGGUAUAUUUGUUCCCGUAUGCACACCGACAAGGUGCUACACUGUGGUUGAUUGGGUUCUCUUUGUUCAUAAUGGCCACAUCCUUCUUCACAGUGCACCAGCAGAUUCUUCCUCCAUUAUCGGAUACGCUCACCCGCAAAGUAAAUGUUAUGCAUUACUUCGAUGCUGAUAGGUCAGCUGGGUUCGUGACAUUUUUUUCACUCACCCCAGGCGCUCUGGACGAAGAGGUGAAGACGAUGAAUGUGGAAGGUCUGUCUUGCAAGAAGGACAUGCUGAUUGAUUUUGUGCACUUCAAUGUCACUUACGCAUGCACAAAGGGAACGGACUACCGUGCCCAGCCUUUUGACGACAGCACUCUAAGGGCGCCGAAGCUCGAGCUAGUUCCAAAUGGUGGUAGUAGCCGCAGCAGCAGUGUUAGGAGGGACGAUGAGCCAAUGCAUGUCUUCAUUGACGCAGGCGGAUCUAUGCGGUGGGCGAUUGCAAUCAACAGUGAUAUUGUGGCCAAUUACUCGUUGGCGACGCGCAGUGGCAGUGUUGACGAUGAAAACUCUACAUAGUGGCAAUCAGACUCUACAUAGCGGGAUCCAGACACUACAUAGUGGGAUCUAGACUCUUGGCCAUUUUGGCCAUUUUGCCAUUUGGGCUUUAUCGA